AUGGGACGACACUCUGCACUAGCUCGGUUUCGCAUCAUGGCACUCUGGAUAUCUAGAACGCCGCAGCGACGACAGCAAUGGAAAGUAGUAUGUCGAUCAAAUGACUUAAGGGACAAGUUCAUUGAAUAUGAUGUUGAAACCCGCUGGAACUCUACAUACCGCAUGAUCCAAGACGCCUUCCAGGCCAGGCCACAGAUCAAGAAGUGGAUAGAACAUCAGAACCAGUUCUCACCGUUUUCUUCGGAAGACUGGUCUCAGCUGCAACAGCUUGAGCUGGUUCUAUCCAAAUUUGAUGAGUUUACCCAGCUCGUUUCCCGGCGACAAUCACAAAUUAGUCUAGCGAUUUCGAUUUAUUAUGAAUUGCAUGAUAUACUUGAAGAGGCAGCUUCUGCACAAGGCGAAUUUGCAGGCAUUAGUUCAGAUAUAGCCGCUGCUGUAUCUGUAGGCGUGAAGAAGUACAAGAAAUAUUAUGAGCUUAUGGACUCGCAAGAUGCAUAUUAUAUAGCGCUUAUGCUUGAUCCGCGUUUUAAGAUACUGUUGCUGGAAAAGGAACUUGGACAUAUGACAGCAUCAAAGGUCAUUCAGACAGUCAAGAAGACUUUACAUACGCACUACCCGUUGAAGCACUCACUAGGCUUGCCGGCCACAAAAAUAGACCAGGGUGCCAAGCAACAGAACCUUGAGAAGAGUAAGUAA